UCUCCGUGUUUCAAUCACUAACAUUAUAUUUUUUUAAAGCCUUUUAAAUUAACAAAGUAUAACUUUUACAAACACAUUAAAAAAACACACACACUGCGGUGUCCGUUAUUGCCGUUCGAAGUGUGACUUUUGGCCAGUGUGGGAUUUAAAUAGCCCUCAGCACUCAUGCAGUGGAUCUGCAGCAGGGACCGCCAGCGCUGCAUGGUCAGCCCGAGGCCACCGCCGCCGCACCGCCGUUACUCGAAAACUCGUCGGCAAGCGUCGGAGCCGCGCGCCCUCCUGGUUGACUCCGGGGAGCUGGUCGACCUGCCGGGCUGUCACCGUGACACUCGCGUGCGGCAGGUGAAGGAGCUCCUGGAGAUCACAGCCGGAAUCCCGAGUGACCUCCAGCGGCUGAGCUACCUGGACGAAGGAGACCUGGCAGAUGAGGCCACCCUGUGCUCCCUGGACACGGUGGCAGGGGCAACGCUGGGCGUGCGCGUGUGGCAGCAUGACGGCUGGCACCGGCUGGUGACGGCUGCCCUCCGGGGAGACCCAGAGGUGCUGCGUCUGGGAGUGACGGACGACCUCAGCUACGGCGACUUCCGCACCCCGCACGCCGCGCGUCUGUCCGCCGCCGACCUCUCGGCGUGGCGCUCGCGCCGCGCAUUCGUGGCGCUCUUCGUCGCCGCGCACCGCAACCACGCCGGCCUCGUGGGGCUCUUGCUCCGGCACGGCGCAAGCGCGAGCGCCACCACUCCUUGCGGCCGCACGGCCCUGCACGCGGCGGCCGCCAGCGGCAGCCUCGAGGCCUUGCACAAACUCCUGCGGCACGGCGCCCCCGCGGACGCUCGCGACGCCGCGGGGCUGACGGCGCUGGAGCUCGCGCGCCGCUGGGCCCCCCGCAGCGCCGGCGCGGACCGCGCGAUCUUCCGCUUCGUGUGGCACGAACGGGCGGAGGCGAUGCGGCCGCCACCGACGUGGCUCGAUGCUGAGGAGCUCAUGGCGCACCAGCGCUUCGACUCGGUGCUGCGCACUACCUUGGACGGGCGGCGGGCGCAGAGGUACCAGGCCUGCCUGCCGCCAGUGUGUCCCGCCAGGGGGCCGGCGGGACAGGGACGGGGUCGCGGUGGCGGGAGGACGGCGAGGCCCACGGAGAAGAGUUCACGUCGGUGAGAAGAGCUGUAGUGGGCACGCGCGGCGAGCGUGGCUGUGACCGCACCAACUGUGUGUGGGUGUACGUACGUUGGACUUCUUUCGCACCAUACGUAGCCAACCGUGCUUAUCGGCAGUGCGGGGGAAGCAGAGCAACCUAAACACAAACAGCAGUUCUCAAGAAAUUAGUUUUCAAUCUAUAUUUAAAAGUGCAUAGCUCCAGUCAGUGGCUUCCUAAUAUCGGGAAGGAAGAGCUUUCAGAUGCGCAGAAGUACAUCUGAAAGCACGCGAUGCAGUGACGGUGUCUCUGUUCAACUGAUUUGGCAGUGCAGCCAGCUGCACCACAACACAAUCUGGAAUGACACGUGGCCGCAGGUUUGCCCACCACUAGGGUAGGCCGUUAAACUCCCAAACCCACCGAGCUGCAAGGUGGCCAGGCGGUGACAGUGGAGCAAGUGGGUCAUCGACCCAAUCUGUGCAGGCCUUUGAAAGCGUAUACGCAUUGAGAGGGUUCUUUCUACAGUUUAUUUUCAAACACAGAGAAACCCCUCUUUAGAAAGGAACCUGCCAGAAUAUUGCAAUGCAGAACGCGGCUGACCGAUUUGAGCUUGAGACUUAUUAAGGCCUAUCAGAAUGUCAUAUUAUGAUACAGGUGAUACAUAAAAUGUACCUUUCACGAUUAUAGAAGAAUUAUAAUUAGACAGCAGUUGGAGCUGGAGUGAUACAACAUGCACAUAUCUCUCUUAACUCUCUGGCCUCUUUAUGUGCCCGAAAAGCUGCCUUUAAUGUACUUUUUUUAUUUUUAAAGCAUGUUGUUAUGUUUAGUAACUUGCGCUUGUACACACACUUGGUCGAAUGAUUUGUUUUCAAAUUCGUUGCAUUCCACCAAACCCACAAAGCAUUGUGGCGAGAUUGAAUUGUUUUGAAAGGUUCUGUUGUAUGUUGUUAAAGAUCGCUGGGGCUUUUUGGUUUUAAACAACCUGCGUAUGUAAGGAACGUGUUUACAACAUUUUAAGUAUUAUUACCCCUUUCCAAAUGCUGUAUCUUUAACAAUCUAUGAUACAUGUAUGGACAUCCCGUACAAUCUGUUUUCUCAAAAAAAGUUUUGUGAAAAUGUUCGUGAUAUUUUGUUUAAGAGCUCAAAAGGCGCAUUAACCUUUCUCCCACAGUUUAUCAUCUGACAGACCAAAGUGUUACAGUGGUUUGUCGGUUGAUUGAAUGAGACGACUGGCAUCUCAUUCGGCAAACCAACACAUACCUGUCAACCCCUUAUCAGUGCCUACCUUAUUCAAGACCAAUUUAUGCCCUUAUAAAUCUCAACGUUCAUCCUACAAAGUCCCAUCACAAUGGAGAAACACAAUCAUACCUCUAUCCUUCACAUGGACACUCCCCACAUCCCAGAGACCUCACCAGUUUCAAUAAAUCAUUCUGGAAUCUUGGAUAAUGUAUCACGUGCCCCUUGUGGAGGUGGUGAUGUCACUUUGGGUAAGAAACUGUCCCAUGCUUCGACGUUAGGGGUCGCUACGCGUCAACUAUAAGAGUGGUCUUAACGUUCAUAUCUCAAAUCUCGACUUAAAGCUUUCGUGACUGCAGGAAUUAAUAUUCUUUGGGUAAUAUUCUUUGGGUCUUUCGGUAAAGUCACGUGGAUAGGUUCAAAUAAAAUAAGUCACACAAGCGUUCGUCCUGAGCUGGUAAUGUAGUCUCACAAGCGUCCGUCCUGAUGACGAACGCUUGUGUUGCGAUCGAAACGUCGUAGUUUUUUUGUUAUUUUCUUUCAACCUAUCUACGUGACUUUACCGAAAGUCCCAAAGAAUAUGAUCAUGUCUCAGUUGUUCUGUUACCGUGCUGGGCAGUGGCGAAACAAGCAUGGGGACACGGGGUUUCUUUGCAACCCCCACCGCCCCCUAGUGGCCAAAGCUACGAGUUGGGGCCCCCUAUGUUAAAUGUUCGAGACCGUGAGAGUAAUGAUAAGCGACUGUGCGAGACAAAUCAAAUAUUGGGGGCCCCCACCUGACCGAUUGCCGCACCCCGAGCUGGUAAUGUAGCGACAACGCCACUGAUAAUGUCGUUACUACACCGCUGGUGCUGGAUAGACAACCUCAUCACAUCGUAACAGUACUGCAGUGUACGCCUUUUGGCGUCAUCUAGUCGAGCACCAAUUGGGUCGAGGCUCAAAAGAAAGCCGUCCCUUGGUCUGGACCAAUCAGUUUCAAGGACAAUGCAUAUAUUAUCAUAGUACGGUUUUUUGUUUGCAUUUUGACUGCAGGUAUUGUGGUUAAUGCAGACAUGAAUCCUUGUAAAAAGGUUUCAGUUUUGUUGCCAGAAAAAAAAGGGGAAAAACCCUAUUUUUACUGCAGUGACUUUCAGGACCGGGAUCGCACAAAGCAACUCAUGGUAACGGCCCGGGUGGCUCAGCGGUAAAGCGAGCCGCUCGCCAUCGGAAGGUUGCGAGUUCAAAAUCCCUGUCGAUAGAAAUUAUCUACCAAUUUUGUGGGGAAUUUGGCAGAGGUGGAUUUGUGGAGAGUCUCCGGCAUGUCAACCAUAAGAAUGUGGCAUUUCCGCCACUUGAUCAGGACUAUAAAAAAGAGCCUCAAUGAUCAUUUAAGCAAUAAAGCACUUUUGAAUAAAAACA